AUGGAUCAACAAACAUGAUUCAAUAAUUAUUAUGUUGACUAUUUAUAUAAGAGGAGCCAAGCUCCUGCAGGCUCCAGACAACAGACAAGACACUGGUAGCCUCCUGGUUUCGUCGUCUUCUCUGGCUUACUCCUUUCUCCCUCUUCUUCUCUCCAUAACAAGCCACCGCCCAAACAACAGACUCUCCGUCAAAAGCGGCAAUUCCUUUUUCACCUAAUUAAUUGUUUACUCACACAUACAGACAUACAUAUGCACACGCUGAGACCCAUUUGAUAAAUGCCCCUCUAUUCCUCUGCCUUUCUCUCUAUCUCCCCGGUUUGAUUCUGAUUUACGAUGGAAACCCACAAUUCUUCUUCCGCUCUCAAAUCAGAAGGGGCUGAAAAUGCCGGUGAAUUCAAAGUUCACGUCUUCUCAUCAUCAUCAGAGUUGCUCGAAAAGCUACAUCAGAAGUGGAACGGGAAGGGGCAACUGUACCCAGCAAUGUAUUCUAGCGUUUUUGGUGGAAUUAUUCUUGAUCCAGCACUGAUGGUUAUCCCAAUAGAUGAUCAUAUGGUUCAUAGAGGACAUGGUGUGUUCGAUACAGCUAUUAUCCUUGAUGGAUACCUGUAUGAGCUGGAUGUUCACCUGGACCGCUUCCUCAGAUCAGCGUCUAAAGCAAAGAUUUCCUCUCCCUUCCCUCGAUCAACUCUUAGAACGAUUCUUAUCCAACUUGCAGCAGCAUCUCAGUGCAGGAAAGGAACUCUGAGAUACUGGCUGAGUGCAGGUCCCGGUGAUUUCUUGCUCACACCAGCAGGAUGUCCAACGCCUGCAUUCUAUGCAGUAGUGAUCAAGGAAGAUUUUUCGCAGUGCAGGGACGGGGUUAAGGUGAUAACAUCCAACAUCCCCAUGAAGUCACCUCUAUUUGCCACCAUGAAGAAUGUGAAUUACCUUCCAAAUGUUCUUGCAAAGAUGGAAGCUGAAGAGAAGGGUGCAUUUGCUUCCAUCUGGGUUGACGAGGAAGGCUAUGUUGCCGAGGGUCCAAACGUAAACGUGGCUUUUAUAAGCAACGAUAAGGAGCUCAUUUUGCCUUUUUUUGACAAUAUCCUUAGCGGAUGCACUGCCUUAAGGCUUCUUGAGCUAGCACCCAAGUUGGUUGAACAAGGGCAAUUGAGAGGUGUGAAAACUGCUAACCUUACAGUGGAUGAAGCUAAAGCUGCAGCUGAAAUGAUGUACGUUGGAAGCACACUUCCGAUUCUGCCAAUCAUCAUGUGGGAUGGCAAACCGAUAGGAGAUGGAAAGGUGGGAGCAGUGACAAUGGCGCUCUCGGAUCUGCUUUGGAAUGACAUGGUGGCAGGACCUGAAACUGUGAGAUUACCAGUUCCCUAUUGAAAGGAGGAAUAUGCCUGAAUCUUGCUGCAUAUGCAACUGCAUUUUCAGAUCUCUUGUUUCUGUUGCUUUUACUUUGCUUCAUGGAAUCCCUUCCCUUGCAACUGCUUGUAAAACAUUGCUUCUUUGGAAAAAGGCUGUCAUCGACAAACUUUUAAGCU